AUGCGUAUAUUGGAUGAUUUUACUAAUUGUGAGAAUGGUGUGCGACUCGAUGGUAAAGUGGCUAUCGUCACUGGAGCUACGUCGGGAACCGGUCUAGAAACAGCUAAGAAUUUAGCGAAAAGAGGAGCUAAAGUCAUAAUCGCUAGUCGCAGUCCAGCAAAGCUAUCAGAUGCUCGAAAAAAUAUCAUCAAAAGUUCUGGAAACGGCAAUGUUGUUGCUCGAACAAUGGACUUCGAGUCUCUCAAAUCAGUGCGUAAUUUUGCUCAGGAAAUGUAUUUAUCCGAGCCCAGAUUGGAUAUUUUAAUCAACAACAUUGGUGCUAUCGCCUUAGAAGAUCGAUUGACAAGUGAUAACUUACAUUUGAUGAUGCAAGUAAACUAUUUUGGAGCAUUUUUACUAACUUUUCUCUUGUACCCAUUGAUGAAAUCUUCAGCGCCGAGUAGAAUAGUGAAUGUCUCUUCGAUGGCUCUUCUUUUAGGACACAUAGACUUCGAACAUAUGAAUGACGUUGGAAAAUCAACUUUUGAGUAUUACGCUAAUGCAAAAUUAGCUGAAAUUUUAUUUACAGUGGAAAUGCAUAACAGAAUCGAAGGUAACGGGGUUAAUAUAUACAGUAUGGAUCCAGGUUUAGGUAAAUCAGAGUUUUUUCGGAACUCUAAUGUAACAUUUUGGAAGACUGUGCUAAACACUGGACUCCUUAUAGUCGGUAGACCACUUGACAGAGUAGCGACGAUGCCUGUAUUUUUGGCAGUUGAUCCACGGUUCUUUUCUAACAACAAAGUGUUGACAAAACGACUGUGGGAAGAAUCUAAGAGAUUGGUUCGAAUAACACCAGAAGAAGACUGGGAGCGAUUUUAA